AUGGCGCCAAAGCUCGAGAAAGCACUCACCAUCCGUGGCUAUCUCUUGACGGAAGACCUUCUUCAGCUUGGUCAAACCAAAGGAGGAGCCCAACGAAUCAUUGUCCCCCUCUCCACCGGCUUCAUUCGUGGUGCGGAUUUCGAGGCUAACGUAUUACCAAGUGGAAGCGACUGGCUGUCCCUCGAUGCCACGACGGGAACUGGACACCUCGAUGUCCGCAUCAAUGCUCGAAGCGAGGAAGGCGACAUGAUCUAUGCCCACUACACGGGCAUCAUCAAGAUGGAUGCUAUAGCCCAGAAGAUCCUGGCUGGAAAGCCCGGAGUCAAGACUACGAAGCCUGAGGAUCAUUAUUUCGUAUCUACGCCGGUGUUUGAGGUCAGUAGUGAGAAGUUGAAGUGGAUGGAGCAGAGUGUGUUCGUCUCGCAUGGACACUUCCAUAUUGACGACGAUGGGAAGCCGGCUGUUGCUUGGGAUGUGUAUAAGGUUGUCAGCCAGUAA